AUGGCCUACGUUGGAAAGGUCGCUAUCGUCACCGGUGCGGCCAGUGGCAUCGGCCUUGGAAUCACGGAACACCUCCUCAAGGAGGGCGCCAAGGUCAUGGUUGCGGAUUUGAACGAGCAGCAGGGUCAGAAGGUCGUCGCGGACCUUGCGAAGAGUCACGGUACGGACAAAGUCGCCUUCUGCUCGACGAACGUCACGGAAUGGUCGUCAAUCUGCAACCUCUUUGCGCACACCUACAAGACCUUCGGUCCCCGGAUCGACUUUGUCUUCGCCAACGCCGGCAUCGCCCAGAUGCGCGAGAUGCGUUCCUCCGACCCCACGCACUUCGCAACCACCGCCCACUCCUCCCUCAACGACCUCUCCUCGCGCCCUCCUUCGCUCGCAGUCAUCCGCGUUAACCUCGAUGGCGUCCUUUACACUCUUCAUGCAGCGCUGGCGUACUUCCGCCAGCAGGAGAAGGAUCAGGAUGGGUGGAGGGGAAAGUUUGUUGCCACGGGCUCGAAUGCGUCCUUCUAUCCCUUCCCGAACGACCCGCUGUACGCCGCGGCCAAGCAGGGUGUCCUGGGCACCUGCCGAGCAGUCGGUCCAAAGGUCAUCGACGAGGGCAUCACCGUCAACUGCUUCGGUCCCUCCGUCGUCGCCACCGGCCUCGCACCUCCCGACUUCAUCGCCAUGCUCGAGCGCGAACACCGCCUGACGCCCAUGAAGACCGUCACGAACGCCGUCGACGUCUUCAUCAACCCCAAGUCCCGGGUCACCGGCCAAAUCAUCGAAAACUGCGGACUCAAGAACGUUUUCCGCGCGAUCCCGACGUACAUGGACGAGGCGGCGAGGCUCAACAUGAACGAGUUCCAUCCCUCGGACCAGAUCGACCGCGCGCUGAGCGUCGAGGGUGCUGGGCUGGAGGUUGUUGCGUAG